AUGACUAAAUUACCUAAGAUUGAUUACCCUGCCAUAGCGAUUCCCCUGCGAAGCAUUUCUAUCGGAUUAGUUGAAUUUGUGGUCGAGUUAUUAGUGCCAAAAGAUUGCCAAGACACCGAAGAACAGAAGAAGAUGUGGGAUUUAUUGCCUAUUGCCAUACAACAGGUUUGCCGGAGUUUACAAAUUGUCAUGAACAAGGAGCUUGAUCGAGGAGAACAUCAGAGUUUUGCAUCAUCACCUUCAAAAGAGCCUUCACCAGAUGAAUCAUCUUGGAUUGCCCGUCUGGUGGAGGCCCAAAAGAAGGGUAAAAUUCGCCCUACUACUCUAAAAAGGAUAUGCAGACAAUACGGCAUCGCACGAUGGCCUUCUCGAAAGAUCAAGAAGGUUGAACAUUCCUUACGAAAACUUCAGCAGGUGAUCGACGAUGUCCAAGACUCUCCACCUGAUGCUAGCUCUUCUGGCACUGCCUCAAAAUCUCAUUCCUCUCCGUGUAGUAGGAGCUCCUGUUCAAGUACCUGCUGUUCUGCUCGAGCACAACAGCAUGCCACCACCAUUAUCACUGGCUCAAGCAAUGGAAAUGCCUCUUUACUAGCAGAAAUACAUUCCUCGAGUAACCAAGGAGAACCAGACUUUCUUGUAAGAUCAAAAAUUCACAAAACAAGGACAAUCAUUGAGCAUAUUCAUCGAAGUCAGCCAGAAACUCCACCACAUUUUGGCCAGAGUUCACGAGGAGGAGGUGUCUUCAGAGUUGAGGCCAUUUUGGCCAGAGUCCAUCCUAAUUCUCGAAGAAGAGAAAUGUUGGCUUGUGAUGGUUUGGAGGAGGACAAGGAGAGGAUUCUACGUAAGGGACGCCACACUGGCCUCUUUUGCAUGGAAUCUGGGGACUACGAGGCUCCCAAUAGCCGCAUAUCAACUAUGUGGGGACUAGAGAAAUUUGAUAUUACUACCCCUAAAUCUUUCAGAUUCUGGCAGUUUCUCUUCUGA